AUGGAAUGGAUCAAGACAACAACGAAAAGGUUUAACUCAACUGACACUAACAGAAUCAUAAUUCUGGAAGAUUUCAACAGUGUAAAUGAUCCAACUAUAGACAGAUCUGCAACAUCUAAAUACAGACCAAACAAAACGGAAGCUGAUACAUUAAUUGAUGCAGAUAUUAUAGAUACUGAAGAAGAGAUUGCAACAGACCACCACUGCGCCAGAGCAAUAUUACUUGACACAUUUCGCAAAUCACUUCCUUCAAAUAUAUAUAAACAAAAAACUCAGUACAGAUAUAAUCUUAAUACAGCUCAAAAAGAAAACUAG